AUGUCAAAUAAACUGGAACAUUAUAAAGCUCUUAUUGAGAAACUUCAAAAUGAAGAAUUAAGAUCUGAUGCAUUAAAUGAUUUGAAGAACUUCUUGGUUUUCGAAGUGACUGUUGACAAUAUUUCCAUUGUUCAAAAUGUUGGCAUAAGUAAAAUACUUAAUUGUCUUGAAUUAUCUGAUAAGCUACAAAUUGAGCUAACUUGUGAAGUACUUAAGGCAUGUUUUGAAAAAUUUGAAACAGUAGAUAUUAUAAAAAUGUAUACAGCUAAUAUUAUGUAUUUGUUACGGCAUGAACAUGAUUGCGUUCGAAGAAUGGUUAUUGAUGGGAUUUGUAAAACUGUAACAUCAGGAGUUAUGUUACCUCUCCCAAAAUACAUAGAUGUCUAUGUGGCAGUAGCUCAAACAGUGUGUGAUAAUGAUGUAGGCAUUGCAAAUAAAGCCGUUCUAAUAACAUCUAACUUACCCACUGAAGCAUAUCCUAAGGUUUUGGAAGAAAUGAAAAUAGCCUUAGAAUCUACCAGUAGCAGUAAAUGUAAUGCAUACGAGGUUAUCAUAAACAUCUCAUCAAAAUCCUAUGAAUUAUUUAACUUAUCUGUUAAUGAAGGAUACAUUGAAUUUAUGGUGAAUGAACUACACUCAAAUGAUAUAUUAUAUCAAUUGAAUAUCUUAGAAUUGCUGACCCAGUUAGCCAUAACACCACAUGGAAUAAAUCAUCUUGUUAAACAAGGAACCUUUCAAAAAAUAUCAGAAUUAGUCCGGGAUAUACAUAACAAUCCUUUUGGAGGUCUUCUUAUACCAGGAUAUAUGAAGUUCUUUGGAUCCAUUGCCCACUACUAUCCAAAGGAGAUCUUCCAGAAAUAUCCAAUAUUGUUGGAAUCACUUUUUGAUGCAAUGAGCUCUGACGACACUACAAUAUUACCUGUAGCUCUUGACACACUUGGUUUUAUUGGUACAACUAUAGAGGGAAAAAUGUGCUUAAUGGCAUUAGGAAGCAAGUAUACACAAAAUGUUGAAAAAUUGUGCUUAUUAAUAAAAAAUAGCCCAACAGAAAUAAAAGUUCGUGCAUUAUAUUGUAUGGCCAGUCUGAUUGGCAUCAAUAAGGACCCUAACUCAAAAGUUGAGCCAAUAGAUCAACGAGUCACAUUAAUGACUCGAGAAUGGUUCAGAACUUUAAGUCAGCAACCUGGGCCUAUGGAUGUACUUUUUAAUAUUUGUAAAAAUCCAUUUCCUGAUAUACAAUUGGCCGGUUUGACAUUACUUGAUGCUGUGUGCCAACAUCAAUGGGGUGAAGAGAUGGUAUCCAGAGUAGCAGGGUUUAUUGAGUAUCUUCUGGAUCGCUCUGUUGAUUUUACAAAAGAAUCAAAAGAAGCAAAAUAUGAUAUUAUUAAACAACUAUCACAGUCUGCAGCGUUUGACGAAAAUAUCAUCUCAAGGCUACAGAAAUAUGUUGAACAGGGUCCCUUCUACACAGAAAUAGUAACUCAAGUUGCCAUGGAAGGAGAA